GAUCGUCGCGUUGUAAUAUCGGUUCACGUCUCUCCGUUCUCGCAGGCCGCAUUCAGUUGUUCUUGACAGUUAAUUUAUUGUGUCCGACCAUCGAACGAUGAAAUUUUCGUGGGUGGUUUUCAUCGCGUUGCUAUUCGCGGUGGCCGCCGAAUGCAAACGGAAGAGGAAAUUUGAUGGCGACUUCGAAUUCGCCGAGGAGGAAGACACACGCACCAUCAAAGUGGGCGAUAGGAAGCGCUGGAUACACGAUCCGAACAGUGAUCUUUGCCGUCCGCUGAAUUGCAAGAAGAAGGAACUCUGCUUGCUCGAGGACACUUUCACGGCAGUUUGUGUCUCCAGGAAAGAAUUGCAAAAGUCCGGAGACAUUGUUAUAUCCAAAUCGCGUGCUGUUCAAGAACAGAAAGACCGAGCUGAGACUGCCGAUGACUUGGAAAAAGAUGACGUGUUUUACGAUGCAGAAGACGAUGCUGAUGAUGAAGAUCAAGAUGAGUCCAAAUGCCGAGAAUGUCCUGUAAUAAAACCCACAUUUCUGUGUGGAUCAGAUAAUAGAACGUACAGUUCACCAUGUCGAUUAGAGUAUCAUAACUGCAUUCAUCAUACUUCUAUUCACAUUGGCUGCAAAGGAUUCUGCCCAUGCAAAGAAUCUGAACUACGAAUGCACAAGAAGAAAAUGCAAAUGCAGCGGCAAAACUCAUUCCUCGGCAAACUCGGUCGUAAUCGUGAUAUCACCCUAACUCCACGAGACUUCAACUACGAUAAUCAUCACUAUCAAUAUCUUAAAUAUACCAAACACGCUAAGGUACCAUUGGCAGGUAGUAACUAUGAAGAUAAACAUCUCAUGUACAAUGAAGUGAUGGAGAAGACCCCGUCCUCUUCAAACUCAGUCCAUAGUCCUCCACAGACGCCAAACCGUGAACCGGACUGUCCGUCGAAAUUGGCAAUGGCCAACCGACUUCUGGACUGGUUUUCUGUCGUAAUGGCGGACGUGAAACACCGUCGGCAGCACACUAAGUCAAAAGGUCACUUUCCUGCCGGCUGUCAAACUGAAGUUAGGUGGAUGUUCGGCCACUUGGACAUUGACGCCGAUAGUCGAAUCUCUCUCACUGAACUUUAUGGACUCGAACACGAUCAGAACGAGCCUUGCCUCAAACCGUUCCUUGAUGCUUGUGAUACCGAUAGAGAUGCGUAUGUCAGUGGACCCGAAUGGUGCGGAUGUUACUCGAAAGCUGAGCGUCCGUGUGCUGCCGUUCGUAGACGAUCGUCUCCGGAAGUUGCGCCAGCUUGUGAUUCAAGAGGCUACUAUCGCAGUACCCAGUGUCACCGAGGCCUUGGCCUUUGCUGGUGCGUAGAUCCUCAUGGAGUCGAAUUUGCCGGGACCAGGACCCGCGGUACUAAACCUGAUUGCGAUUCAAUAGUGAAUAAGUUAAGUAACGGCGGGAUCAAAACAAACAGAGUAGAUCUCGAGGAUGAUGAAGACGGAGGUGCCGAUCCUGCACAAGAUCUCGAAGGUUCUGCUGACCAGCCCUUGGACUUCUAGACUUAUGCGUACAUCGGCAUGAGGUACAGUUGGGGAACACCACUCUGAAAUCGGGGGAUUCAUCACUUGUUAACCUCAAAUGUUUCCGUUGUGGUUAAAGGUCUCUCGAUAUUACUUAGAGCUAUCAAAAUGCGGUCGAAUUUGACUGAAGAAAGGUGCAACACUUGGGAAUGAAAUAUUUAAUAUCAUUACUAUAAUUGACAUGCAAUUAUGUAUAACAAAGAAAAACAUGCACUCGAAUCGACAGUUGUUACCAAUGUCCCAUUUGAUAAUUAGAAUAGUAUAAUAGAACUGUGCAACAGUGCCAGUAAAUGAUAAGUUUGAACUCGGCAUCUGACUUUAUCCAAAUUAUUAAAAAGUAGUGAAAAUUUUUAGCUGGAUUGUCAUUUUGAAUUAUGGAAAAAAAGUAUCGAUGUCCCGUCUGAUUUAAGCACACUUUGCAUUUCUGUAUAACAACAAAACUUCGAUAAAAUAUAGACAAACGAAUAAAUGAAAAAAUUAGCACGGAGAACGAAGGAGAAAAGAAACCAAUACGAAAAAAGUUUAUUUCAGGGCCGAAAUUUUAAUGUUUCCUUUAUACCAUGGGUAUUAGAUGAGUCUGUACCUAUCAGGAUACCUCCAGGCACAACUGUAUUAUAUACUGAAAUUAAAUAAUAUAUUAAUUAUUCAAUAAUUAAGCUAAUAGAAUAUAGUAACCAGCAAUUGUCACUACAUUAAUAAGACACAUACUGCACCCUUACCCUUAAUUGAUGAUCGAUUAUACUCAAAAUAUUCUUUCUAAAUUUUAAUUCUCAGCUCUACCAGUAAAUUUAAGUAUCCUUUAUUAUACUUGACGUACGGUCAACUACGACAUAAGCAUGAAAAUGCGGAGAGGGUAAAGUGAAUGGGAAUAAAAUCAUCGAAAGUUGUACAUUACACAUAUGUAUAAUACACUUAUAUUACACAUAUGUAUAUUACACAGUCAUUGCUUCUAACGAUUUGGGUGUAAGUUUAAGUUGCUCAAUUUUCCAAUACAAUUGAAUUUCUUCUCGAAGUCUGAUUUGUUUUUCAACCUUUGACGCAACUCUGCGGCUUGAUGUUUAUGUAACUCGUGAUGCACCACAAAAAUGUCCUAUUUCAUAUUAAAAAACCGCUACCACUUUUCGUAAAAAUGAGCCAUUUCUACUUAAUGUUAAAAUUAUUUCACUUAAUGAGUACAAGGUACGCUGUAGAAAUUUAUAAUAACAGUAAUUGCUAUUAUUAUGACCAUAGUUAUUAUUAUUAUAUAAUCGGUAGAAAUGAUUGAUGUGACUGUGUGAGUAAGAGUCUCGUAAUACGAGACAACUAAAGCAAGUUUAAUCGUUAUUACGAUAUAGCUAAUAUUCUGCAUUGAACUAGACGAGAUACAUCUGUCAUCGCAUCUGUGGCUGUCCUCACCUAAGUACAGCGAUUCUCCAUUCAAAGAGACACAUAAUUUCAUUACAUCUCCGACUGGUGAUAAUGCUGCAGACAAUCUUACGAAAGAUUUUUCGUAAAAUACCUGCAUACCGCUAACAAGAAACUACAGCACCCCAGAGAUCUUGAAAUGCAUACUUCUACUUAAGAAUAUUGAAUGUGACGUGUUGAUACUGCUGAUGUAAAUCUUCCAUCUGCAAGAAAUUAUGUUUCGAACUCGUGGAGAUAUAUUUUGCAACCUCGAAUGGAAAUCGCGCGAAGUAUUGCAAUUAAUUUUAGAAUUGUCAUCCCCUUAUAAAGAACAAGUUACGGGAGUGCGAAAAUGCUAACGGGAAAUACUCAAAACUAUUGGAUUUUUAUUAGUUCAUCAUUAGUUCACAAUAGUAUUUUUGUGCUCCCAUUAGUUUGUCUCUGAAGGCGAAAAGUAAUUAAUAAAUCGAAAUUCCGUAAACUUUCACACAUACCCAUGUAUACAUAUAUAUGUAUACACAUAUAUAUAUACAAUAUUAUAUAUAUAUAUUUAUAUAUAAUAUACACACCUAACAGGGGAAAAACUUGACUUGGAUUAAUUCAAAACUAACCGUAGGCUUAUGAACAAUAGGUAAAUAAAUGUUAUAAUAUAUUUACCUAUUAAUAAACAUGACACGUCCCUCUUAGGAAUUUAAUUAUGUAGGUAUUAUAUAUACAUACAUAUUAUAUGUAGUGCAUAUAUAUCGAUAUGCCACUCACAAGCUAGACUUGAAACAUCAUGCGUGUAAAAGUAGUCUGAAACAUUCCCCUUAAAAUACUGCAUCAAAUAUUCACGAGAAAGAAUAUUCAUAUUAAUAUACUUGGGUGAGGGUACACCCAACCUUUCAGGUACAUGACACCUUGACAUUAGAAGAAUGGUAAAUUUAUCUCUCGAGCAAUUUUUCGCGAGGGAUACGAUGCUGAUGAUGUGAAAAUUAUCAAAACAGAAUUUGACCAUUUUUGGAAUUUUUUUCCCAGACCAAAUAAGAGUGUCAUUUCCAUUUGUAGAAGUUUGAAGAACGUAAUUAUCAAAUUGACGACCGAAAAAAUCAUUUUUUUUCUAUUUUUGAAAAAUAUUUAACAAAAAAAAAAAAAUUGUUUGCUGCUUAAAAACUACCCUAAAGACUUAUUUUUAUAAGUGAUGAGUAUUAAAUCGUAUUAAUUCUUCUCAUGUAAAAUAUUAGAAUGUUUGUCGAAUGAAAGAAAAGGAAUGUAAUUUUUAUUAACUUUUCAAUUUUUAUUGCUCGCUCUUAUAAUCUUCCUACCUUAUGUGUUACAACUUCCGAUUCGUUCGGCGCUUGUUCUAUCCUGUUUGCGGUUAGUUUGGUAGAAUAUCUAAUUCAUUUAAGAAUGGCAUUGUUGCAAGUUUUACCCACCUUCCGAAUCGGAAGGUAUUACACAUUGGGUAGGCAGACUAUAGGACCGAGCAAUAAAAGUUAAUAAAAAUUACAAUCUCUUUUUUAUUUAUACAAACAUUCCAAUAUUCUAUAUAAUAAGUAUCAACACGAUUCUAUUACUAAUCGCUUGUGAAAAUAGGGUAGUUUUCGAACAGCAAACAAUUUUCUUUAUUUGAAAAAUAUGCUUAAAAAGUAAAAAAUAUUGAUUUGUUGGAUCAUCUAUUUUUCACCGAGGGUAAAAUUAUAUUCUUCAAACUUAUACAUAUGGAUUUGACUACAGUGCGAUAAGGUAAAACAAAAAAGUGGUCAAAUUUUGUUUUGAUUAUUUUCAUAAUAUCAGCAUCAUAUUCUUUGCAACAAACUACUCAAGAGAUACAUUUACCGUCCCUCUAACACUAAGGCGUUAUGUACUUGAAAAGUUGGGUGUACCCUAAACUUAAGUAUCAAACUCCAGGUAAAACUUAUAACAUAAUUUCUUUUAAUCUUACUGAAUUGUAUAUAAAAAUAUGCAAUAAGAAUCAUCGCUUGUGACUGUACUCAUGAUGAUUUUUGUAAAAUGUAAUCCUAAUCACGGCAUAAAGAAUUUUUACUGAAAGAAAUUACUACUACAAUACUAAUCUUAUCGCUAUCAUACAAAGUAUGUGGAUGUAAGAAUUCUUUAUGAAUAAAGGUUGUUGUAGAA